AUGAUUUGGAUGUUGUUGACGCGCGCAGAAGUCUUGAUGCCCAACAGCGUAGAACGCCAAAAUGCAAGACGAGCAGCAGAAAAUGUAGAAGACGCAAACGCUCGCCAACAGGUAGAUGUACAACUUUAUCGUGUGAAUAGAGAAAAUGAAUUACCCCAACAAGCUGCAGUAAGACGUAGAGCAGAUGUUUUGCGUUAUCGAGUGGCUAGGGCUCUGAAUAGAGAAAAUGAAUUACCCCAACAAGCUGCAGUAAGACGUAGAGCAGAUGUUUUGCGUUAUCGAGUAGCUAGGGCUUUGAAUAGAGAAAAUGAAUUACCCCAACAAGCUGCAGUAAGGCGUAGAGCGGAUGUUUUGCGUCAUCGAGUUAGGGCUCCGCGUUUACUAAAUUUAGCUAGGAUUAACAAUGUUUUACCUCCCACACAUUCUGCAGGUGAGUUUACUAUUGUGUGUGAGCAUUGUCGAGCUAUUAAAUUUAAUAAUGAAAAUCAUUUUAAGUGUUGUCACAAUGGCAAAGUGGCCCUGCCUGCUAUAUUACAAUUUCCUGCUGAAAUACGUGAAUUGUUAAGCAACGACUCUGCCCAAGCUAAACAGUUUCGUAAGUAUAUCAGAGUAUACAAUAAUGCAUUUAGUUUUGCUUCUUUGUCAGCAAACAUUCGACCACCACCAGGUCAUGGACCCCCCUGUUUUAGAAUAUGUGGUCAAUUAUUUCACAGGUAUGGUGCUUUAUUAACUGCUCAGAAUGAAGUACCUAAUUUUAGCCAAUUGUAUAUUGUAGAGGCUGCAGCUGCCUUAAACAUGCGUAUUGAGAAUCCGACACAUGCUCAUUGUAAUCGUGAAGCAAUGCAGAUAAUUCAAGAUGUUCUUAACAGGGAUUCUCCAUAUGCUGCAGCUUAUAGAAAUAUGGCUGAAGUGGAACGUGAAGAAACAGCCAGAGCAGCAGCAGAAAACAGACAGCCUUCCGUUGUAAGUAUGGUAAUGCGCGAGGGUAAUGAUCGCAGAAGGUAUAAUGCACCCUUGCAUCAGGAAGUUGAUGCCAUCUUUGUUGGUAAUGAUGGAGCACCUCCUGCUGCAAGAUAUAUUGUUGUUUAUCCACGUAAUCAACCUUUGCGGCAAAUUCCUCAUAUAUCAUGCAAUAUUGAUCCUAUGAUGUAUCCUAUUUUAUUUCCACGUGGUGACCCUGGUUGGGACCAAAACAUGGCCCCCGUCAGGGAGCAUGCAACUGGAGUAAGAAAUAGGCUAACCCAGUUGGAAUAUUAUAUUUACCGCAUUGCUAUUAGGCGAGAAUUUUCUGCCCGUCAUCUAGCAGGCAAAUUGUUUCAGCAAUUUUUAGUAGAUACAUAUGUUAAAGUUGAAGGCCAACGGCUUGCAUUUAUUAGACGAAAUCAAAAUCAUCUUCGAGCAGAGUCCUACCAAGGACUUCUGGAUUACCUCCAAAAUGCUGCAGAUCAACGUAACUUACAGACCGGUAAUGUUGUUGUCUUGCCUUCUACCUUUUCCGGCUCACCCCGCAACAUGCAUCAGUUGUAUCUUGAUGCAAUGGCAUUGGUUUCAAAAAAAGGUAAGCCAGAUUUGUUCUUGACUUUUACAUGCAAUCCAAAAUGGCCAGAAGUUGUUACUAAUUUGUUACCUGGUCAAUCUGCUUCUGAUAGACCAGAUUUGGUUGCAAGGGUCUUUAAAUUAAAAUUAUUUGCUUUGAAAAAAGAUUUAAAAGACAGUGUAUUAGGUGUUCUGUGUGCACAUGUAGAUGUUAUUGAAUUUCAGAACAGAGGUUUACCGCAUGUUCAUAUGCUUUUACAUCUACACAAUGAGUUUAAAUUACGAAAUGCUGAUGAUAUUGACUCAUUAAUUUGUGCACGGAUUCCAGAUCAAAACCAAGAUGCCGAACUGUAUGAUAUAAUAAAGUCAUGUAUCAUCCAUGGGCCAUGUGGCCACCUUAAUAAUACAUCUCCGUGCAUGAAAGAGGGUGAGUGUACUAAGCAUUUUCCUAAGCAGUCUAAUGAGGGAACUGUUAUAAAUGUUGACGAUUAUCCCAUGUACCAUCGUCCUGAUAAUGGAAGAACGGUAAGAAUACGAAACUUUGAUGUUGAUAAUAGGUGGGUUGUGCCUUAUAUCCCUUUCCAAUUUUAA